CCCUCUCUCUCUCUCUCUCUCUCUCUCACGCUCACGCAGAGAAAAGCGCACUCUUUAUCUGCUUUAGACACAAGGAAUCAAUGGGCUUCCCAGCUGCUUACACCGAGAUUUCCUUACCGAAGCUCUUGUUCCAGACCAUCCCGCCCCUCCGCCUCAUCGGGAAUAUCAUUGCCUCUCUCCUCCGCCUCCUGGGCUUCCCCGAUUUCCUCGAGACCGACCCUCCUCCGUCCCCCGAGAGCCGACCACCCGUUUGCCCGCCCGUGUCCGCCGUCCUGAUCCGGGAGUUCCUGCCCCUGAUCAAGUACCGGGGAUCGUCGCCGGACCCGCCAGAGAGCUGCACAGUUUGCAUGUGUGAGUUUGCGGUCGGGGAGGAGAUCAGGGAGUUGAAGAGCUGCAAGCAUGCUUUCCACCGGAGCUGCUUGGACCGUUGGAUGAGCUGCGACCAGCGGACGUGUCCCCUGUGCAGGACCCAGUUCGUGCCCAAGGGAAUGCAGGAAUGGUUGUGGGAUGCUGCUGCUGCUUCUGCUUCUGCUGCUGGGAGGGAUUGUUCUUGAGCUUUACAAUUACAGUGAGGACUGAUCGGUUUAGGCAUUGGCGGUGGUCCGUGAACUUGUAUGUAUGAAGUGCAAAAUUGCAAAUUGGGUCAGUCAGAUCCAAGAAUAAAGAAUAAGAGUCAAACCAAGAAGAAGAAGAAGAAGAAAGUUUGUACAACUUCUUGUUCUUGAUGUUACUCCCACUAUGAAACGAAAACGAUGGCUUGUAUCGAUAUACCAAUUAGUCCUUUUGGCUCCAAUUUGUUUGAGAUUUGCGGUGUGAAGAUCUUUUCUUUCUGUUACAGAAAUUAAUCGUGGCUUUGGAGUUUAAAAAAGAAUCGCUUUCCUUCGUGGCCACUCUCCUGUGUCUGUGCGUUAAUGAUGCUUCGAUUGAUUUGAUUACAAUAGGAAAUGAUUAACCCUGAA